CAGAAUAAGGAUCAGACGAGCAGCAGUACCGAGAAUAAAAAGCAAAAAACGGACCCAUAAAGGCCAAUUUUACCUUCAAUGUACAUUUGCUAUUUCUUUUCCGUUCUCACACAAACACACAUACCCACACAUUUGGAUACUCGGAAAGAAUAAAAGAAAAUGCUCCAUAUUCUCCUUUUGCGGGUGGGUAUAUAUAAUGGCUAAUGGUUUGGCCAUCGAGUCGUUACUCAAUCGUCGCCAUGUUCUUGUUCCUGCAACUUGUUGUUGUUGCUGGGUUGCUACUGCUAUCGCAAAACAUCGUGUAUGCACUGCCACGUCCGACUGGCUUCUGCUGGAAGCGCAUUGACACUCUAUUCGUCUUUGGAGAUUCGUACAGUUAUGUGGAAGGCCGUUUAGGAACUAAGAAUUAUUCUUGGGAUAACUUUACAUCGCCUGGUUCUGUCCAUCACAAUCCCAUCCUCCUUAACAAGACGAGUGCGGGAGGACCUAAUUGGGCCGAGUACCUGACCGAAUGUUAUCAAGGAUUGCCACAACGCUGCGAUCCAGCUUUGUAUGAUAUCGCCUUUGCUGGGGCUGAUAUCGAUCCAGUACUCAUUUCCAAGCACCAUCCAUAUACUAUUUCGUUUGUGGAGCAAGUGGAUCAAUGGAAGGAUCACGUCGACCGUGCCAUUCAUUGGAAGCCUCCAAACACGUUGGCAACGUUUUGGAUGGGCAUCAACGAUGUUGGCGACACGGAAUCUUGGACCAACAUUUCGUUUCCUACGUUUUACAACCAACUCAUCGAUGUCUACUUUAACAAAGUGGAUGAGCUGUAUGCCCGCAAUGUGCGAUCAUUCCUAUUUUUUAAUGUACCACCACGCGACCGAUCGCCUGGCGGUGACAGCCACGACGGCUAUGCACAAGUCAUUGAUACGUUCAACGGCGUUCUGGACGAACACAUCAGUGCAUUUCAGCGCAAGCACACAGACGCCAAUGUCAUGUUAAUCAAUGCGUUCGACCUGUUCAAUGGGUACCUCGACAAUGCAGAAGAACUUGGCUUCAAGGAUAUCACCACUUUCUGUCCAAACUCGACGGCUCCUGAUUUCAAUACGAACUAUGAAAACUACGGCUGUUUGGCGCCGUACGAGUAUUUUUGGCUCAACUCAGGGCAUCCAACGUAUCCGGUUCAUCGACUGCUUGCUAGCGACAUUGAACGGCAGCUGGAACAGUCGAGUCGUUGCUAAAUAAUAUGUUGAUAAUUAAAAUAAAAAGGUGUGGUCCUAAAUUUUAAAAAUUGCCAUUGGCUGGCGUUUUUUCUUGCUCAGCGCAUGGCUGGUUUCCUAG